AUGGAGCAGAUCAAUACUGACAUUCAACAAGAACCAGUUUCCAGGGAAAAUAGGAAUGAUGAAAUCCCUCUUGAAUCUCUACCAGUAUUACCAUCAUAUACAGUCGGUGAUCUUCAGAAAAGUUUUGGGUCGACAAAUACAGGAAGCAUUGGAGGUACAACACCUGAUGAAGAUCAAAAAAUUAUUAAGGAUAUUUUCCUACUGGCUACAAAGCAUGAACGACGGAAAUUAUGGUGGAAAUGUUUAUUCUUUUUCUUUCUAUUUCCAAUUUUUGGUGUUUUUCUCCCGUGUUGUAUGUACAAACGUCGCAUAUCACAAAUAAAGAGAAUAAUCGAAACUGGCAUUCGUUACAUGAGUCGCUUAGAAGGUGAUCAAUGGUCUAGAUACGUUCAACAUAUUCAAAUUGAAUCCAAAGGUAAAAUGUCGCAGUCGUCAGUUCGACAACUUUUAUCUCGUAAUUGUGGUCAUAUAAUUAUUGGAAUAGAAGGAUUUUUUCUCGAUGGAAUGUUGAGUAUGCAAUAUGAAAACAUCGUUAUUGUUCGGACGGAAAUUGUUCAAGCAUCAAAUCAGAUUGAUAUGAUGUUACGUGUAUGGUUUUGUCGACGUUUAGUUGUGGUCCCAACACAAAAUGGUCGAGUGGUUGGAAAUCCGAACAAUGAUCCAUUUAAAUUUGAUAUUUUCCUCCCGACAGAUAUGUCAACUGAAUUACUUUCAUCGAUUACAGAUUUUAUGCAAUUUGGAUCUGUGUGUCGACCGAAUUUUGUUGUCUGA